AUUUAUACGCCAGCGACGUCAAGAAAGGGCACCAAUCUAAAGAUAGGGGACCAGGCAAACACUGGCAUCCUUUAGACUAAAGAGGUCGCUCUUCAAAUUAUUCCAAGAUGGCGACUUACAUGGCAGUAGCAAAAGCUAAAAACAAUCAAGACAAAGAGAAUGUCCGCUGCCAAAAAUGCCUGGAGAUAGGUCACUGGACAUACGAAUGUUCAGGCAAAAGAAAAUAUGUGCAGCGUACUUCACGAAUGUCGCACCUUAACAAGAAGAUCAAGCAGGCAAAACAAGAGGCAGAGACACAGUUGGUCCCAAUGACUGAUGCUAAAGCCACAACACACACAAAGGACAAAAGAUCUAAAAAGCGACACAGUUCAACAAGCUCUUCUUCAUCAGAUAGCGAGGAUUCUGAGAGUGAUACGUCAGACUCCUCAAGUAGUGACUCGGAUAGCUCAGACUCGUCUACAUCUGAUGAUAGUAGUGACGAAUCGGAUACCUCAUCAAGUAGCAGUAGCAGCAGCUCAAGCAAUGACAGCAGAAAAAGGGUUCCUCGCAAGAAGAGAAAACGCUGAACAAUUCAAAGGCAUUAGAAGAAAAUGAAAAAGGCAAAAUUAACAUUUUUUAACUUGACUGGUGAGAGCCAACACUCCAAAAAGUGAGAUUUACACAUGGUUGUGCCCACAAGUUUACUAUUAUUUAUUUUUUCUCCCUGCUAUUUAUAUUGACCUUGUGGCAUGCCAUCUUGAAUGGAAACUUAAUAAGCCUGAAAAUGUGCAGUUUGUCUUUAAACAGAGCGACUGCAAACAAGUGCAAGAUUGGACCUAUUUCCAGUCAACCAAAUGGUUAAAUCAAGGGUCAUUACUUGAAUUGACACCUUCCAAUGUUUUUCAUGUUAUAGUAGUACGGUAUCUAAAACAAAACCAAAUUUAUGUUUCAUAUUGUUUUGUCCAGACACUUAAACAAGACAACAGUUUCUAAAAAGUUCAACCAAAGCGUCUACAUGUACAUGUAGUUGUAUCAUGAUGAUUACUGGUUUUACAGAUAAUGGUCUCUCAAUGUUAUUAGAGAGGUUUCGCUGUACUCAAUACACAGAAAAUGGUGGAAACUAUUUCACUUGUUUGUUUUAAAUUUAAGUAACUAUUUGGUUCAAGUCAGUUGUUGAACCUAAUGUUAGGAUUUUUAAUUAUCUGCAGUUUUUAAAGUAAUUAAAAAAAAUUGCUUUUAUGAUUUAUGUUACUUAUUUGUAUUAGUUUUUUUUUUGUAGAGGUACCUUGUCUUCUAUUCUUGAAAAUGUUAUGUUGCAUUGUACUGUGAUCCUUUAUAACCAUUAAUAUUCAAUGGACCUUCCAUGAACAUAAUGAUAUACAUCAAUACAGCUACAAUGGGGAAUUUGGGAGUUGAAAACUGGAACAAAGGGGAGCAUUAGGUGGGUUCCGAAUGAACGCUUUCUCCAGAUAAGUCAAAUGUUAUAAGUUACUUAAUAAUUAUCUGUAAGGUUGAGUGAAUAAAUUUUAAAUUAAAUUUCACUUGUCAUGCGUUUUUCUUUAUGGAAUUUCACACCAAGUUUAUCCUUGUUUUGAAGCAAAUAUCAUUUAAUAAUUAUUUUCAAAAGGCUUUAUUUAAACAAUACGAUAUUACAUAAACUUGUAAGUUCACACACAGAGUAAGGGAAUCUGGACGGAAUAUCAUCAGUAAGAUUACCAAGAAUGCAACCGACUCUAAACUUUGGUAACCAGAAAAACGAGAAUUUUUCUAACGUUGCCAAUAUUGGAAUUCUCCGUUUUGUUUUCCAUAUAUACACAUAGAAGGAAGUUUUCCGCAAUAAAACACUACAGACAUUUUGUAUUAUUAUAAAAAUACCUGAAUAAACACUCAAAACAUUUCCAUGUAUCGUAAAAUUUUGGACGGAAUUAUACGUCAGUGCGGUAAUGACAAAAACUAUUCAAUAUAAAUAAAUAAAGAAGUUGAAGAGAAAAAAAACUAUUUGUAGAUUCAUUUAAAAAAGAAGUUUACAAAUUAAAACCGUUAAUGUUUGUACUCUCUGUGUAGCAGAAGUCUCGGCGCUUCUUCAUUUUUAACAAUAUUAUGUGCAUUCACCACAUAUUGAGGAAAAACACGGAAUUGAAAAAACAAGGUUUGUCAUAUCCUUGGUGCAAUUAUUACAUUUAACAAAUUGUUUCCCUAAUAAAUAUGAUUCAAACUGGCCUCUCAUCUUUAGGCACACUUGAUGGUAUUGACCCAUUUCACCUGACGUCAUCAUCAGAAUAAUCUUGGAUGCGCCAUUUUGGUGGUCAAUGUC